GAAAGCGAGAGAGCAAGAAUAAUGAAUUGAAAAUUCAAUCUUGCGUAAGUAACUUACAAAAAAAAAAGAAUUAAAAACGACGAACAAUAAUUGAUCCGAGGCGCUUGUGAGAUAACAAGAAUAAAAAUAGAAGACUGAAUUCAAUUGAAAAAAAAGAAAAAAAAAGAAAACUGAGAUUAUAUGAUGGAAAAGCAGCGCAAUUAACAUUAAAAAUAAAAAUCGAAGGGAUAAUAGACGCGAGCGAAGCAUAUAUAAUAAUGUAUCAUUGCUAUUGCUUCGAGAUUAUUAAAUUGUAUAUUUUUCAGCCGAAUGAGAAUAAGCAAAGAAAAUAAUAAUAAUAAAAAAAAGAGGGAGGAAAAAGUAACCGCGAAGUGAUCAUUUUUAACCGAGAUAUAAAACUGACAGGCAGACGUAAUUGUAAAUAAAUAAUAAUUACUUGUGUAUCGUUUUUUGGGAUACUGCGUGCACAUUUGGCGUAUACACGAUGUGCGCCAAAAAAUUUGUACAUGAAUAAUGAUAAUUAAUUGUCAUUUUUGGUGGCUAGUUUGACGCUACGAUAUUAUAGAGACAAAAAAGAGGAAGUAUAUAACGGACAAGGAUGUAUCGAAGGAUGCGAUUAAUGGGCACGAGCAAAUUUAUGAUUAUUAUUAUUAUUACUGUUUUUUUUUUCAAGUCAGUGAUUUUGCCAGCAGCGACGAUGCGUACAUUUGUAUGAAUAAAAAAAAUAUUAAUAUUAUUCGGACGUGUUGCGUGCGGAGUCACGGACACACGUCGGAAGAAUGUUGGGAUGAUCAGGUUUAAACACACAAAAUAGCCAACUGAUCUCGAUGAAACAAUUUUUUUUCUUUUUAUAAUUGCUAAACUAUAUUAUUGUACGAACGAUAUAAUAUUGAAAACGAUGUGAAUUAUUAUAAUGCGAGCUCCAGUAUGUGUAUUGUACGAUUUUGCUUUGAAAUACAAAAAAAAAUUAAUGAAACUUUAAUGAUUUGCUUUUUAAUCACUAAUGAAUUGCUAGCUUUAUAAUUCGCGAGUCGAUUAAAUUUUUUUUUCAUGUUCGCGUCUCUUAUUUUGUUUGAACAAUUCGGAGCAGAGUAGUGGGGUGUUCAGCCCCUUCCCCUAACCUCAUGCACAUGUCAAUCAGCUGGUGUUGGUACACAACGAUGUGUUCAUAGACGUCACAGCUCAACGUUAGCAAAAUUUACAAUUAAAGUUGGAAAAUGUGACGCUCGUUUGGUUUCAUUUCUUUUAAAGUGAAAAAACUUCUAUUUCGGAUACUUUUAGUAAAAGUUCAUUCGAUAAAAUGCUCCUGAAUUUCUGUGAUCCUUGUUUGAGAACCGAUGUGACCUGCAGCACUGUCAGUUCUGACGGCUAUGAAGCAACGAAUUUAGUUAACAAUUCCAACAAGGGCUUCCUAGCUUACUCGGCUAUCAAGCCACCAGUUCAUCUUGAAUUUGUUUUCAUUUGCAAUAUACAACUCAGUCAUGUUGUGAUUCAUCCACAAGUUGGAGCUCAGAGAUCUGUCGGCUUUCAACUGUCCUUGAAGUCUUCUAAUUCUAAUCAGCAAUCAUUUCUUGAUGUAUCGAGUGCUUACAUUAAAAAAGAUGAAGCUGGAGUGUUUUUCUACAGAAGCGAUUUGGGAUUUGAGGAAGCCACGGUACCCUCAAACUUUUCUCAGCGCUACAUGAAAAGAUUACCUGUUUUGAAUUAUGUAAACGCACUGAGACUCAGUAUUGUAAAAACUGACAAUUCUGUUCCUGCAUUAGGUGAAAUACAAAUAUGGGGUAAAGUUUCACCUAAAUGUAGCAAAGAUAUUUCAAUGGGUAUUAUGUCUCUGUGGAUGAAUAGAAAUGCUAAUCAACUACCUACACCUUUACCAAAUUAUGAAUCAGAUUCUUCUAAAGUUGUUAUUAAUCAAUCAUCAGAACAUUCUGAGUCACAAAAGAGUGAACCAAUACUUGAUGAUUCACUGGAUAUACCAGAUGAUUUUUUGGAUCCAAUCACAUGUGAAAUCAUGACACAGCCAGUUGUUUUGCCAAGUGGAAAAAUUAUUGAUCAAAAAACUUUAGAAAAGCACGCACAACAUGAAGCCUUACGGGGAAGGGUCCUAUCAGAUCCUUUUACAGGACUUUGUUUAAAUGAAAUAAGGAAACCAAUAAUAGCGUAUUCAUUAAAAGCUAGAAUAGAUAAAUUUUUAUUGGAUAAUAGUACCAAUAAGGAAAUAAUUAAAUUGCCUAGAGUUUUAGGAUCAAAGAAAAAACAAGGCCUAGAAGAAAUUAAAAUGAUCAGUCAAUCUACCAACAGAAACUAUAGUGAAAAUACAGUUACUGAUGUGAGUAGUAUAUCAAGAAAAAGAACUUCAGAAGUUGAUAACAACAGUGUAAAGCAUAGACGGAUAGUUGGUGGACAUUCGUUACCAGUUGCAACGAUUAUUAGUAGUUCUAAUUUAAGUAGGACACAUGCUAAAUUUGAGAUAAAUUCAGUGAAAAAAAAUUUGAUUCGGUAUGAAAGUGAUCAAGUAAAAGUUACAGAAAAAAUAUCAAUUCCUUACAUUAGUUCAAAUAUACCAAAGUGCAAGUGCUGUACAGAAACAAUAUUUUACAAAUUACCUUGUAAUCAUUUUAUGUGUAGAAAAACUUUGUUAUCCCUUGACAAAAAUGUAUGUACAAUUUGUAAAGUAGAAUUUAAAUCUAGUGACCCUGAAAGAGUUCACUCUUCAUAGUGAGGAGUGAAUGUUGAUUGAUUUCUAUUCAACUUGUCUGUGUUCUAACUAUUGUAUUAGAAAAAAUUUUUGUAUGUAUAAUUAAUGCAAGCUUAUUGGUCUUUUUAAUCACAAAAUUGACGAUCUAUUUUUUGUACUUAAUAUUUUAUGAUGUUUUUAUUUUAUACAAUAACAAAGAGAAAAAUGUUCAAUUAA